CCAGACGCCCGAUUCGGGGCAAUGGCGCCGGCAAGUAACGGCCAGCGUUGAUUCCAUCCCAUUGUUUUUUGCCCUCGUUUCUUUCUUUCCUGUGGACAGACGGCAAUGCACGUAUGCGCAAACGCCUCGUCUCAAUUUGCAGUCUUACGCAGUGACAUGCCGAGCAGAGUUUACGAACCCCUGGCCUGGCUGGCCCCCGCAAAAAAAUCAAGAUUUUUCGCGCAAAAGAAACUUUAAAAUGAAGAGAGGGAAAGCACAUGAGAGAGAAAUAUCAAGGGUCUCAGGGCACGUGUAACGCAAACGAAAAAAACUCUCCAUCCAUCCUAGCAAUGUGGGCUGGUGGUGGGGAAGACAGCCCCCUCGGGAAAAAAAGAGUGCAAAAAUGAAGGAGAAAAAAGAAAAGAAAACAUUGGGCAGAAUCGGCAAAUGGAUGUUCUGGCGGUGAAAGAACGCGCGCCAAAUCAAAUCGACGCAUCAUGCAUCACUUUCUCCUUCUCACAGCACAGGCUGCCUGCAUGUCGCGUAGAUGCACCACCUCAUGCGAGUCGACGGAGCACGCAAUUUACGGCAGAGGCGACAUGCACAUGAAAGGUCUCAAGCAAAUCUCUCGUUGGCGUCACGGCGUCUGCAUGCAUGCAUGUAGGCACAUGAAUGCGGCAGUGUGGACGCGUUGGGCUGCCAUUUCUGUUUCUCCUCGUCUUUGCGUCGGCGGCUCCACACAGCCAUGGCAUGGCAACUGUGUGACACCGGCAUCGAGUCUGUCUCUUGAUAUGGAGAUAUGGGCCAGAUAUGGACCAGAUACGGACCAGUCAGUGUGGGGUUUUGGCGCUGAGCGUUGGUAGCGGCAGCGAGAGUCUCGGACGCCCGACGAGCCGCUGCAACUUGAAGUCAGUAUGUCUUGAUGUACGGAGCAUGUCAUAGCCAUUUCUCGCAGCACGAAAGCAUUGCUGGCAAACACCAUCAGCACUUGGCCUGUUCUCUACGUGGCAGCUGAAGAAUGAGAAGAAGUACCGCGGUGAAUUAAAAUUCACCCUAUCUGGACCAGAUGGUUCAUCAUGUUCUUCUCAGCAUAUAUAGAGAACGGGACAUUUGCACCUUU